AUGUCUUCGUCUAUGCUCUUCCGCCGCGCCGUCUUUGGCGCUGGCUCCGCUGCCCGCUCCUUCAGCACCACCUCCCCCCGAUCUAUCGCUAAGAUCUCCAUCAUCGGCCACCUAGCAGACACCCCCGAGCUGCACCAGACUAGCACCGGCCGCGAGGUCGUUCGUUACGCCGUCGCUAGCAACUCUGGCCCCAAGGAUAACCGCCAGACCAGCUGGUUUCGCGUCGGAUCCUUCGUCGAGGGUCCCCGCCGUGACUUCAUGCUCAGCCUGCCCAAGGGCUCCAUGAUUUACGUCGAGGGUGACGCCGCCCUCAACUCGUACCAGGAUGCCGAGGGCAACACCCGCUCCGCUCUGAACAUUACCCAGCGAAGCAUCGAGGUCCUCAAGCGCCCCACGUCUUCCAACCCGGAGUAA